AUGUUUCGCUCUCCACAAGUUCUUUUUGUGGUUCUUUCAGUUUUCCUUCUUCGCGUUCCAACCAAUGCAGCUCGAUCUUUACCAUACAAAAUUUCACAUAGUGGGUAUGGAAAAAAGGUUGAAGAUGAAAAGGUUGUGCAAUUUUCAGAGGCCCCAGAAUUCAGAAACCAGCAGAUGUGCCCUGUAAUUGACAGAGACAAUUUAGAAAUGGCAUGCGACUCAUCAUUGGUUCACAUUGCCAUGACUAUUGAUUGGGACUACUUGAGAGGAUCAGUAGCUGCAAUCCACUCUGUUCUCAGACACACUUCUUGCCCAGAAAACGUGUUCUUUCAUUUCAUUGCCUCAGAUUCGCGGUUAAAGAACAAGGAUGACUUUGAAGGAAUAGUUCAGUCCACCUUCCCUGCUCUGAGGUUCACAGUAUACGUGUUCAGAGAAAGUCUAAUUAGAGAUCUCAUAUCCCCGACAAUACGCCAAGCUCUGGAGAAUCCGUUGAACUAUGCUCGAAGUUACCUGGCUGAUUUGCUUGAGCCCUGCGUUGAACGAGUGAUCUAUUUGGAUUCUGAUGUUAUAGUUGUUGAUGACAUCCAAAAGCUAUGGAAGGUUUCACUGAGUGGGUCAAAAGUCAUCGGAGCUCCAGAGUAUUGUCACGCGAAUUUCACUAGAUAUUUUUCUCAUGAAUUUUGGUCCAGUCCUGAGUUCUCAGAGGUGUUUGCGGAGAGAAGGCCUUGCUAUUUCAACACGGGGGUGAUGCAAAUGGACUUAGCAAAAUGGAGAAAGGGAGACUACACAAAGAAGAUUGAGAAGUGGAUGGAGAUUCAGAAGGAAAGAAGGAUCUAUGACUUGGGAUCUCUGCCUCCAUUUUUGCUGGUUUUUGGAGGAGAAAUAGAGGCCAUUGAGCAUAGAUGGAACCAGCAUGGGCUUGGAGGAGAUAAUGUGGAGAAUAGUUGCAGGAGGUUGCAUCCUGGUCCAGUAAGUUUGCUGCAUUGGAGUGGUAAAGGGAAGCCAUGGUCAAGACUUGAUGCCAGAAAGCCAUGUCCUAUUGACUUUGUGUGGGCACCUUAUGAUCUCUACAAACCCCAAGCUCACCUGCUUACGUGAUAACAUAAACAUUAGUCUAGGACUAAUUUUUUGGAAUUCAUGUGUACAAACAAACCGCCAAGAUUCUUUAAUUUGUAUGUAGAGGGAGAGAAGAACAUAAAGAAACGGUAUAUUAUGUAUUUUAUACUGUUUUCGAUGCACUGAGCGGUGUGGCAAUAUUAAUUCAGAGAAUCACAUGGCUGUGUGUUGGAUGAAUCCGCAGCAUAAACGCGUUAUGCACAGAA